CCAUGGCGUCUCUGUCCUUUCCUCGAUCAAUAAUUCGGAUGGUUUGGAAACAGUUUCAGCGCACGGAGAUUACCCUUACGUCCGCGAUUGUCAUUGUUUUGAUAAUAUUUUUUGUCGGAACGACGCUGUUCAGUCCCGCGAAACCACCGACCUUCCUAACAAGACUCGACGAUAUGCAGAUAGACCUGAACAAACUCAAACAGGACACAAAAGACGCCAUCCUUAUCGAGCAAGACGACGGAGAGGUCUUUGUAGCCUUCCGCUUGAAAGAUUUUCUCAAUGACAAUCGGGGAGGGCGGUUGUUAUUCACAUACAGACCGGAGCCGCAAAAGAGUUCCGCAUUGCCAUUAACUUCUGCAACUAACGACAGAGACUUUACUGUAAACAUGCCACUGCCAACGUACCCACUAACGCUAGCCAACAACACAUUCCUUAUCAACAAUGAGCAUCUUUGCAGUUCGAGCCUCAACAUGUCGUUUGUGGUGCUCGUGCAUACGGCUACUGACAACUUCCUCCGGCGCGCCUCCAUCAGGGAAACCUGGACGAACCACCGGAUGUUUCGAAACCACACCAUACGGAUAGCUUUCCUGGUUGGGCGACCGGAAAAAGACUCAACACAAGUCCUUAUUGAGCACGAAAGCGUAAUGCACAAAGACAUCAUACAAGGCAACUUUAUGGACUCGUAUAGAAAUCUUACACAUAAAGGUGUUCUAGGAUUACGGUGGGUGUCUGAAUAUUGUAGUCAUGCAAAAUACGUUGUUAAAACUGAUGACGAUGUGUUUCUUAAUGUGUUUAAAAUGUUCGAAAAGAUUGACACAAACGUUUUCAAUAAGCAGAAACAUAUUUGGUGUCCAGUGCGACAAAAUGGCACCAGCGCAAUCCAACGAGAGACGGGGAAAUGGAAAAUAGAUGCCAGCUUAUUUCCAAACAUGAAACACUACCCGGUAACGUACUGUAAUGGCUAUUUUGUGAUUUUGACCGGUGAUCUCAUUUCAUUUUUGUAUGAGGCUUCAAGAACAACGCCGUUUUUCUGGAUUGAUGAUGUAUAUCUUUUUGGGCUUCUCGUCGACAAAGUCGGCGGCGUUAAGUUUGAAACAUUACCAAAUUUGAAUCUCAAUGAAAACAAGGCUAUUGAAUGUUUCAACUCGAACGUUACGUGUGACAUGUUUGUUGCGAAUGCACAUUCAGAUGGCGUGAUGGACAGACUGUGGUUUCGGGCAAUAAACCAAAAUAUUGCUUUGGUAAAAAAAUACUCAAAUAAUCUAUUGUUAAAAAACCUCAAUACCACAAAGACGUAGUAAUACUCGAAUUAUGUCAUAUCAAAAUUAUCAUUGUUUCUACGUUUACAAACUAGUUUGUCACUUGAUCGUUAAAUGAUUAAACAAAUGCUGAAAUGACA